AUGGUAUCGGACCCGGAGAAACAGGCCAAUGCCGGAAUACAACGACCGGAUGCGAUUUCCCCAUCGCUGGACGAUCCAAGGGUAGUAGACAUAGAUCAUGAUUUACGCUCGGCCCACUCCAUCCCCUUUGAAGGCAAGGAUGAGGGAGAAUAUGCUCCGAGUUACCACCAAGAUCGAGAGGACACGGCGGUGGUGGUACCACGCUCACAACGCAGGGGCCUUUUCGGCCAGUACACACUGCUGGCAGAAGUGGAGGACCCGAAAACCUAUACGCGCCGGAAGAAAUGGUUCAUUACUUUCAUUGUCGCCGUAGCCGGCUCGACAGCUCCAAUGGGAAGCUCGAUCUUCUUCCCCUCUCUUUCCCAAGUAUCUCGCGAGCUGAACACCGUUACGACGAUCACGAAUCUGUCGAUUUCGUUGUACAUGCUCAGCAUGUCUAUCUUCCCCCUCUGGUGGUCCUCUUUUAGUGAGCGUUUGGGCCGACGAACUAUCUAUUUGGUAUCAUUCUGUCUGUUCGUCUUAUUCAACUCGCUCUCGGCCAUCUCAGACUCCAUCUCUAUGCUCAUUGUUAUGCGAAUGUUGAGCGGGGGAGCAUCGGCGUCGGUGCAGGCCGUAGGGGCCGGCACUAUUGCGGACCUGUGGGACACGCAUGAGCGAGGUCGGGCCAUGGGCAUAUUCUAUCUCGGCCCACUGUGUGGUCCGUUGCUGGCACCGAUAGUUGGUGGUGCAUUGGCCCAGCGAUGGCGCUGGCGAAGCACGCUCUGGUUCCUGGCUGCAUACGGGGCUAUCGUUGUGAUUUUCAUUUUUGUCGCUCUUCCGGAGACGCUGGUGGUCGCGAAGGCCGCCCAACCCGAGCCGACCGACAACCAAGAGGCUCCCUUGGAGCACCGCCUCAGCCGGAUAUCCUCCCGUCAGGUGGUCCGCUCUACGACACGGUGGUUGAAGGUCCUCAAAAUGGUCUUUAUCGAUCCGCUAAAGAUUGUGCUAUAUCUACGAUACCCGCCGGUUCUCUUGACCGUAUACUAUGCCAGCAUCACGUUUGGGUCACUGUACGUGUUGAAUGUCAGCGUUGAGCACACAUUUGGGAGCAGCCCCUACAACUACUCAACGAUCAUCGUCGGUCUGUUAUACAUUCCAAAUUCCCUGGGCUAUAUUGCGGCCAGCUGUUUCGGCGGGCGGUGGAUGGACAAUAUCAUGAAACGGGAAGCGAAAAAGGCGGAACGGUAUGACGAGAAGGGGAACUUGAUCUAUUAUCCCGAAGAUCGGAUGCGCGAGAAUGCGUGGCUAGGGGCAAUGCUCUACCCAGCGGCGUUGCUAUGGUAUGGGUGGACAGCAGACAGAGGGAUAUAUUGGUUGGCGCCGAUGGUUGCCAAUGUGUUCUUUGGGGUUGGAUCCAUGUUAAUCUUCAGCAUGGUCACGACCAUGCUGACUGAGUUCAUGCCGAAAAGGUCGUCCGCUGGGGUAGCAUUGAACAACUUUAUGCGGAACAUCUUCUCGUGCGUGGGGUCAUUAGUGACGGCGCCUAUCAUUGAUGCCAUUGGUAAUGGCUGGUUGUUUACCAUUUUGGGCCUGUUGGCGUUUGCGAGCAGCUCGGUAUUAUUCGUGAUGAGGAUAUAUGGUCCACGUUGGAGGAAGUCGAUGGAUGCACUUCGGACUUAA